GCGGGGCGCGGGGCGGGCGCUGCCUGUUUACGGCGUGUCGCCAGUGAGCGCGCGCUGUCCGUGACUCCAGGGGGGUUUUCUCGUUUUUACAAAGCGACGGGCGGCGCGGCGGCGCCGCGGACAGAAGCGCUGCAGACGCCGCGGCGAGCGCUCGUGUCGCGAUCACCUCCACUUAUAACAAACGAUAUAUUUUCGCGAAUUUUCCACCGUCUCGGAAAACUCCUCAUCUACUUUUAUGAAUUUCCCAACAUUCUGCCUAAUGCUUAGGCCUAAUUUUGAAGUAAAAAAAAGUAAUUGAAAUAAGUAGGAAGUGUAAAAAAACUUACAGAAAGUGCGUUUAUAAUUAAAACUUUUACUUUUAAAAAUAUUUUUGAAAAAACGACCUAAGUAAAUUGUGAUAAUUAUAACGAUAAGGAACAAGAAAAUAUAAGUAUUUAUAGCAGUAAUGUAAAAGUAAAGCCUAGUACACACAAGCGAGAGAGCGCUUAAUACGCGAUGCAAGCGAUGAGCGCGAACGCGAGUGCGCCGCGCGCGCCGCAGCGAUCUCCGUUCGCCAUCCAGGAGCUGCUGGGGCUGUCGGACCGGGGCGAGAGCCGCGAGCGCUACUUCGAGUCUCGCGACAACGACCGCGUGCUGAACCUGUCGGAGAGCCGCGAGCCCCGCGGGUACACGCCGCAGUUCCCGCUGCCCGCGUCCGUGGCCAGCCGCGUGGCCUACGCCGCCGCCUUCAACGCGCAGGCCGCGGUGGCGGCCGCCUUCCUGCCCGGCCCGCCGCUGCUGCACCCGCCGCCCGGGUUCCCGCAGAUCAAGUCUCCGUACAGCCCCGGCUCGCAGCCGCACCUCACCGCGGUCCGACAGUUUUAUUCAGGAGUGUCGUCGCUGGAGGCGGCGAAAGAUUUCACGGUAGACGGCCUCACCGGAUACAACGGCAAGAAAAAGAAGAAAAAACGCAGACAUAGCCGCACGAUCUUCACGUCCUACCAGCUGGACGAGCUGGAGAAGGCGUUCAAGGACGCGCACUACCCCGACGUGUACGCGCGCGAGAUGCUCUCGCUGAAGACAGACCUGCCCGAGGACAGGAUCCAGGUGUGGUUCCAAAACCGUCGCGCGAAGUGGCGCAAGACAGAGAAGUGCUGGGGCCGGUCCACCAUCAUGGCGGAGUACGGGCUGUACGGAGCCAUGGUGCGCCACUCGCUGCCGCUGCCCGAGACCAUCCUCAACAGCGCCAAGGAGAACGACUCGGUCGCGCCCUGGCUACUCGGUGAGUUCGGCAUGCACCGCAAGUCCAUCGAGGCGGCGCGCCACCUGAAGGAGUCGGGCUCGGAGCGCGAGGGCUCGGAGGCGGAGCCCGAGCGGGCCACGUCCGCCUCGCCGCACCACCACGACACACACGACGUGCAGGCGCAGAGUUCCCCGGCGAGUUCGACGACAGCGUCGUCGUCAGCCAAGGGGCGCGCGUCGCCGGAGCCGGGCCGCGAGCUGUACGAGGACGCGGAGGCCUUCCGCAACAACAGCAUCGCGUGUCUGCGGGCCAAGGCGCAGGAGCACCAGGCGCGCCUGCUCAACAACAACCUGCUGCUACAGGUGCGAGGCGCGGGCGCUUGCCGGGCGGGCAGCGCGGAGGAGGAGGGUCCCGCCGACAUCGACGUGGGCACGGAGCCGCCGCCGCCCGCGCACCAUCACCUGGCGCACCUCUACUGACCGCGCGGGAACACGCCGCCGCAGCGGGGCUCGUGCGAGCGAGAGGCCGCUCGACAGGGGACAUAGUGUCGGAGACGUGAUACAA